GGGGGCGCCAAAUCUCCACAUCAACGCAAUAACAAGUGUAACACGCCAAACAUGACGUUUCCCCGAUGCUGGAUGUUUUUCUUAUCAGCCGCAUCACUCUCGGAUUGGAGCGAGCCAACAUCCUGACACUGUUCCCCCAGUUUGCCGAGUACCUCCGCCAUUGAAGUCCAUCCCCCGGUUGUAGUCGGAUCCCGACCGAUGAGGCGGCAUGAGAGGCCUCUUCAGCUGACGUGACUCCGUGUCUCCUCGCGGCUCGGAUGAAGUGACCUGAACUCCGCGCCCUCCGCAGUCCUGAACGGGCACCUGCGCUGAGCGGGCGGCGGAGCGCACCGCACGCUUGAUCGGAGGACUCGAGAGGUGGUUUUUCGGUCUGGCGCCGCCUCCCCCUGGAGCCGGCGUGCGCUCCCAGCAGCCCGUGGUGCCCUGUGCCCCGCCCUCGCCCUCGCUGCCCGCCAGAGUCCAUGUGCCGGGAGGAGGUACGGUUUGUCCGCCAGGAGCCAUGUGCCUCCCGCACACCAACAACAUGGACAGCAAGCUACAGGGGGCGGGGCCAGGGGGUGGCGCAUCACUUCGAUCCCGAGGUGGAGGCGUUCCACUCGAGCCCUUCAUGCACCAGGUGGGGGGUCACACCAGCAUGAUGCGCUACGACGACCACACGGUUUGCAAGCCUCUGAUCAGCAGGGAGCAGCGCUUUUAUGAAUCUCUGCCUCCGGAGAUGAAGGAGUUCACCCCCGAGUACAAAGGCGUGGUGUCGGUGUGCUUCGAGGGCGACUCUGACGGCUACAUCAACCUGGUGGCCUACCCGUACGGCGAGAGCCACAACGCCGAGGCGGGAGCCGGCGAGCACGAGGAGCGCGAGCCGGCCGAGCGGGAGCAGCCGCGGCGGAAGCACUCCCGCCGCAGCCUCCACCGCUCCUCCUCGUCCUCCGAGCACAAGGACGAACGCGGCGAGCGGCGGGACGCGCACGACGCGGAACCCGCUGAGAAUAACCCGGCCGAGCUGAAGAGUCCGAAGUCGGAGCAGAAGAUCCACCCGGACCUGCCCUUCCAGAUGCUGGACUGGAACAGCGGGCUGAGCUCGGAGAAGAUCGGCCACAACCCCUGGAGCCUCCGCUGCCACAAGCAGCAGCUCAGCCGCAUGCGCUCCGAGUCCAAAGACCGCAAGCUCUUCAAGUUCCUGUUGCUGGAGAACGUGGUCCACCACUUCUCCUACCCGUGCAUCCUCGACCUGAAGAUGGGCACCCGGCAGCACGGCGACGACGCCUCCGAGGAGAAGGCGGCCAGGCAGAUGAAGAAGUGCGAGCAGAGCACCUCGGCGACGCUGGGGGUGCGCCUGUGCGGCAUGCAGGUUUACCAGCUGAACACGGGCCACUACCUCUGCCGGAACAAGUACUACGGGCGCGGCCUGUCCGCCGAGGGAUUCGGCCAGGCCCUGCAGCAGUACAUGCACAACGGGCGGGGCCUGAGGCGGGACCUCUUCGAGCCCGUCCUCCACAAGCUGCGCAGCCUCAAGGCGGUGCUGGAGCGCCAGGCGUCCUACCGCUUCUACUCGUCCUCGCUGCUCAUCAUCUACGAGGGAAAGAAACCCGAGUCUCCUGCUGGUUUGAACUCUGGGCAGCUUGUCAGCAGGCAGAAGACUCCCGGGGCCCCCGAGGAGUCCCACUGCGGUAAUCCCGGACCCCUCGCGCUACCACCGCCUGCACCUACGGCAGGCGACACCCCCGGCGCCGACGACCCUCCGUCCCAUCCGGACUCCUCUUCCUGCCCUGCGCCCGCCUUGUCCCCCCUGCCUCCGCCCCCCUCCGCCCCCUCGCCCCAGCGGAAGCAGCAGCCCCCCCUGGUGGACGUUCGCAUGAUCGACUUCGCCCACUCCACCUUCAAGGGUUUCCGUGGCGACACGGCGAUCCACGAAGGGCCCGACCGAGGCUACGUGCUGGGCCUGGAGAGCCUGAUCAGGAUCCUAGAAGGUCUGCGGGCCGAAAGCCUGCAGUGAACACUCGGGACGAAAUACGGAAGUUGACGUUUCCAUCCCGCACCGCGCGCACCACCGCACACUCUACACCUUGCAGUGUCGCCAUGGCAACACCUGUUACUAUAACAACAGCCAGGAUGCGGGACGGUGGCGAGUGGACAAACUCUUGAGGCUCAAUGCGCGCGCGCGCACACACACUCAAACAAACCCCUUUUACACUGCCUCUGACGCGACAAUUUUGCGGAAGAAUGAAAGAAGCUGGAUUUUUUUUCUGCCUGUUUUGUAUAAACAGCCCCAACCUCGCCUGGCAAUUUUCAGCCUUCAGGGUUAGUAGCAGAGCUGUUUAUUCAAAAAAUGAAAAAAAUGAAAAAACGCUGGGCCAGUGGAACGAGGAUGUGAAUCUUCAGCCACUCGGCACAGACGGCUGUUGACAUAUCCCGUUUUUUUUGGAGUGCGGAUAAAUUCGGGAUCUGCUGUUACGUCUUUGCGAUCGCUCAGUGGGGGAAAAAAAGCCCCUUACACACAGCCAGCCUUUUUGACAGGGGUGUGAAUUUUUACAGCCGACACUCACUUCUCCCGCCUGGUUGUCGCUGCCAGAUGCUCGGCGACGAAGUCAUCUAACCAUCUGAUUGUGGGUUAGCGUGUGGCGUUGUCACAUUUAUCCCGCUUUGAAAUUUUGAAUGGCUUCGGCCGUUUUGCGAGACCUUAACCCUUUCACACAGAUGCGCUUGGAUGGGGACACGGAAUAGGGCGACGAAGGCGACCCUCGAAUUUUCCAUCUUUCGAGGUAGUACCAAAGGUAGAGCGCGGACAGUAUGUGUAAUUAUUAUUUUUUUUUUUGCGGGAAGCCGUGUCGUGGCGAUAUCUAAUCUUGGCCGAGUUCUGUGUGAAAGCCACAGGCAGAUACCGUGUCCAAUCUUCUCUUACCGUUUUUCUUCGGAUCCCUGCGUGAAAUGGCGGUCAGUGCUGUCAAUCAAAUUCCUCUUGCCGCCUCAUUACCGUGGAAAUGUUGCAGGGGGCAUCUUUUAAAGCGAUAGCCUUUUUUUUUUUCUUGCUUUUUCUUCAGCAGGACAGAAGGGCAACAUCGUCCCCCGGGGACGCUAAUGCGCAGGUGCACCCGACGAGUAGACCUCGUGGCGAGUUCUGUGCUUUGUGCUCAUUUUAAAAGAUGAAUAAUUGUCACUAGUUUGUGUCAUUGAGAAACAUUACGCUCAUGAUUCCUUUUCUAGUCGCGUUUUCCAUCCUGCCGCACAUAAAUGUGCACUUCGUGUAGUAUUCCCUGCUGGUGGAUGUCAUUUUAUUUACAGUAUAGCCAUCUACUCUCCAAUUUACUCAUUUUACACAUUAAAAAAAAAAAAAGCACAUCACCGGUGUAAAAUCCUCUUUAAAAUGUGUCAUUUUAUUGUUGAGCUGAUCUUAUCGGACCUGCCAAUUCUCUCAGUCACGUACACGCCCCGCUUGAAGCGACAUUUCCUGGUCCCGUCAUCACAUGCUCGUCUCUGGGACCAAUCAGAUGUGAGCAUCUGAGGCCAUACACGCGCCCCCAAUUUUAUUGGCCCCCAAUAAAAAAAAAAAAAUUAAAAAAAAAAGGCAAAUGUUUUAUUUUUGGGGGUUUAUUGAGGUGAUAAUUUAUUUUUUUAUUGUACCUUUUACCUGCCUGGUUGAAUGUCUUUUACGUGUCUCUCCCAAAGUGUUAAAAAAAGAGAUGAUAUACUCACAGAGUCACAUUUGAGGGGACUAUUUAGCAGUAUUCUCUUCUUCGUACUGGUCUGACACUCCAUCCAAACACUGGCUGUGCGUGUGUUUGUAGUGUCCCAUCACCUUUUGAACGCAGGCUCGGGUAGCAUUUGAUGCACUUGUAAAAACAGUCCGUUGAUUUCUUGUGGCCCUUGUAGGACUUUUUGGAAGGGCCGAGGCCCCCCACCCCGCUUUCAGGCGUCGCAUGAGCCGCCCUCCCCUACACACCUGGAUGUUGUCAUGGAUAUAUAUUACUUGCAUUUAUUUUCUACAGCUGACACAAUCCCUAACUGUUUGGUAGAACAGUGACCGUGAGAUUAAAACUUUCCAGAUGG